AUGUCUGAUUGGGAUUCUGUUACAGUCAUUGGAAGAAAAGCCAGAAUCGGUGGUUCUGGCCCAAAGGAAAGGGUCGUCAAGUCUGAGUCGCAGCUGAAUGCGGCCAGAAGAUCGGGUGCGGUUGUCGCGGUUGAAAAGAAAUACGGAGGUGCCAAUGCCAAGGGCGAUCCAGAAGGACAAAGAUUGACCAAGAUUGACAGAACUGAUGAAAUUGUUGCUCCUAAGAAGUUAGAUCUUAGUGUUGGUAAAGCAAUUCAACAAGCCAGACAAGACAAGAAGAUGACGCAAAAGGACUUGGCCACUAAGGUGAACGAGAAACAAAACGUGAUCAACGACUACGAGGCUGGCAGAGCCAUUCCUAACCAACAAGUGUUGGCCAAGUUGGAGAGAGCCUUGGGUGUGAAGCUGAGAGGAAAGGACAUAGGAGCUCCUCUAUUUGGAAAGAAGAAAUAG